UUCUAGGCUAAUCUAGAUCUAGAUAGAUGAUUUGUAAAAAAUCUGGACAUUUCAUAGAAACAUUUCUAGUUCUACUAUGGUGUGUCGGUCACCGUACCCGUUUCAUAAGCCUUAUGAUAAGCCACCUGGAUUACUAUAUAAUAUAAUAUUACCGUGAUCUAGAUCUACAUUUAAUAUUUAACUAAUAAAAAAGAGUAUAAAAAGAUCCCCAGGUGUUCUUCAGCUGAUGGAAAUCUAGAUGCUAGAGCUUUACCAAAGCGGGUUCUGACAUCUUUAUCUGUUCCUCCAUGGUUGUCUAGGAUACAGCAUAGAUAGGGGAAACUUUCCACCUCAUCCAGCGCCUUGCCUUGGGCUGUAAUCAUAGAUCUUGAUCUUGGAGUUGGAGUAAAAAGAAAUUGAUGUAAAAAAAUACCUAAUGGCAACAACUUUUUUGUAACAUGAUCCUCAUGAAGUGUUCCCUAAGUCAGGCCAAGUUACAAAGACUAGAUAUAGGUCUUUAAUAGAGACUAGAGAUAGAUAGACUCUAGUAAAAGUAAAGACCAAAGUCAAAGGAACCAUUCAGCUGAGCUACUCACAGUAAUGGCAUCUGUUUUCGCUCAGUCAUUUUCACAUCCUCAGGCUGCCAUUGCCUUGUCUCAUUUGUCAUCAUUACUCAGUGGAGCAAGAGCAAUGUCUAGUCACAAAGAUGUUCAAAAUACAAGAAACAGACAUGAGCAUGCUUCUAAAAGCCCUGUUCACAUUGCUAAAAAGGAGAAAGAUGUGGACCUGCUUCAAGUUACUGACUUGGUAAAAAUUCUGAGUGAAACCAAUGUCAGUUUAUGUGUUCCAGUUACAGAUCUAGUUAGAAAAGCUCGACUUAAUGGAGGUUCAUCAAAGUGGUCAGAGUGUCAUGUCUCAUCUAAUACAUUUUUUGAAAAUAAAACAGGUUUCCCAAGAUCUCUACUAACAGAAGUUCCAGCAGGGCCAUCCAUAAAACUGACCACAUGUGAUCCUCUCUUUAGAAGAAUUUUCAAUUCUCUGGUGCACUCUUCUUCCCAAACAAGAGGCUUCAAGACAGUCAGGUCAGACAAGAAAACAAUAGGUGUAGGAGCUAAGAAGGAAACUCAAGAAUCUUUUUUAGAGAACAUGUUGGAUUCAUUUAACACUAGAGCAGAUAAACAGGUAGCUAAUUCUAAGGUUCUGUCUGAUGUAGACCCUGAAACAGAAAAAAAAUUAAAAAUAGCAUUUGCUGAAGGUUACAGAGCCAAAGAAGAUACUGCAUCAAAGAAAAAAUGGCCCUCCAUAAGAGGUUUAAUUUUUACAGCUGUUGUUGUUUGGUUGAUUUACAAAGUGCUCACCAACAAUGUGUCCAUUAAAACAGGGGGAUCUCUUGGUUUUCUCAACAGUAUAUCUUAUGAAGUCAAUGCUGAGGAUGUGAAUGUUACAUUUGAAGAUGUUAAAGGGGCAGCUGAAGCAAAACAAGAAUUACAAGACAUUGUCAACUUUUUGAGAGACCCAGAGAAAUAUACAGCACUUGGGGCUAAACUUCCAAAAGGUGUGUUACUGGUUGGUCCACCAGGAGUUGGAAAGACAUUACUGGCCAGGGCAGUGGCAGGUGAAGCUGGAGUACCAUUUUUUCAUGCCUCUGGCUCAGAGUUUGAUGAGAUGUUUGUUGGCUUGGGGGCUAAAAGGAUCAGGCAACUUUUUAGUGCUGCUAAAGAGCAAGCCCCAUGCAUAAUAUUUAUUGAUGAGUUUGAUUCUGUUGGUGCAAAAAGAACAAGUUCUGCCAUUCAUCCUUAUGCUAACCAAACUGUAAAUCAACUUUUAAAUGAGAUGGAUGGGUUUCAACAAAAUGAAGGUAUAAUUGUGAUGGGAGCAACCAACAAAGUUGACAAUAUGGACAAAGCUUUACGGCGGCCUGGCAGAUUUGAUGUUGAAGUGACAGUUUCAUUGCCAGAUUUCAAAGGGCGUAAAGAGAUAAUUGAGCUCUACAUCAGUAAAGUAAAAAAAGAUCCAAAUGUUGAUGUUGAUAAACUUGCAAGAGGAACUACUGGCUUCUCUGGAGCCGAGUUAGAAAAUUUAGUCAAUCAAGCUGCCCUGAAAGCUGUAAUAGAUGGACAAGAGACUGUUACCAUGGACCAUUUGGAGUAUGCUAGGGAUAAAAUCAUAAUGGGCCCUGAAAGAAAACAUAGGAUACCAGAUGAAGAAACAAAUUUAAUUACAGCCUAUCAUGAAGCUGGACACACACUUGUUGCAUACUACACUAAAGAUGCUACGCCACUUCACAAAGUGACCAUUGUACCAAGAGGGCAGUCUUUGGGGCAUACCUCCUUCAUUGAUGAGAAGGAAAUCUAUAACCGCACUGUAUCCCAGCUGAAAGCUUCUAUAGAUACAUCCAUGGGUGGAAGAGUUGCUGAAGAGCUGAUCUAUGGACCUGAAAAGGUCACAACUGGAGCAUCUAGUGACCUUCAGCAAGCUACCAGAGUGGCCACUGCAAUGGUAAUGGCUAAUGGCAUGUCAGAAAAGGUUGGGUUAAGAUCUUUUACUGACAAUAGUGAAAUCAGCCCAGCACAGCGUGAGGUUAUAGACUCAGAAAUUCGACGCUUACUUCAGGAAUCCUAUGACAGAGCAAAAAAUAUUCUCAAACAGCAUCACACAGAAUUAGUCAAUUUAUCCCAAGCCUUAAUGAAAUAUGAGACUUUAGACAAAGAGGAAAUUAAGGCUGUCCUAGAAGGGAAGAAAAUACGAAAAUCUUUGUAAAAUUAAAAUACUUUUUUUAUGUUGGCAUUGGUUUCGAUAUCAUCUCCAAAGACCUCAGCUAGAGUUGUGGAAAUUAAACUUUUUGAGUUUGGCCAGACAUCUGUUUUUAGUUUGUACUCAUUAAUUGUAAUAUUUAAUCACACUUUUUGUUUGAAUCAAAAUAUUGAAGAUCUCUUUUCAGUACUGUUGAAAUUGUGUUACUUUAGUAGUUACUAGUUGCAGUGCAUAUGUGCAUUACAUUGGAGUAACUUUUAAAAAUAUCAACAUUCAACACUAGAACUUUGAGGAUGAUUUUAAAAAUAAUUAAGAGACAUUGUGCAAACAAAUGCUUUUUACCUAUUUGGGACUGAAGUUUCAAUAUGAAGCUUUUAUUUGUUUCAAUUUUUUUUUUCUUUUAAAAUACAUCAACUACAUAAUGUUUGGCUGAUACACUACUAUGGACUAGGCUAAAUAAGAUACUGGAUGGACAUUUGGCAUGAAUGAAGUCUGUAUGCUAUCACAUUUAGUAAGUGGACAAGAUCAUUCCCUCAUGUCUCUCUAAUGUUCUUCAAGGGACUUCCCCUUUUCUGGUACAGUUGUCUUGGCCUAAAUCUUCCAAUAUAUUUUUAGUUGUACAUUUUUUAAAAGGAGAUUUAAGGAUAUCUUUUACAUGACCAUUUCACUACAACUGGAGACUCCCUAUGAAGACAGGCAAUGAGGCAUUUAUAUAAUUACCUCCCCUAUGUUGGGCUUCACUGUGAGGUGAUGACUGUCAUUUUUUUCUAAUAGAGGAUCAGUAAUGCACACAAGUAGCUCUAAUGUACAGUUCUUCCAGUGGAGUCUCGUGAAAGACUUCUGUUGUUAGUACCUUUGUUUUAAGGCUGAAUUUCAAAAUGAAGACUAUCUUUCCAACUUGAAAGAGAUUCUACUGUUGUACCUUCUUGACAUCCAGUUUUUAAUGAAUAUAUAGCAAUGAUGUAAGAUUUCUAAAGUACUAUUUCUUAUAAUAAAUCUAACAGACUAUCUUGUAUUUAUUUUCACACUAUUCUGAGUUGUUUUAUCCCUGUUUCAUUACUUUGGAAUUAAUAUUUUUUUUUAAUGAAAUAUUUUAACAUUUAUUUUAACAGCUUUUAAAAAUCUGUUUUUAAAACUUUUUUAAAAUUAAAAAACAAACAAACCCUGUAGGUUUGUCAGGUUGAAUGUCAUUCAUCAUUUCCACUAUGAAAGGUUAAGUUGGUUCCAUGUCAUGCUGGUGCUAGUGAUACUGUUAAUUGUUUAUAUACUUUCAUUGUGUCAUGCAUUUCAUUAAAAAUAAUAAUUACAAUAAAUUUAGUUUUUGUAAGUUUUAGCUUAUAGAUAACAUCUAGGUUUUAUAUAGAUAGAUAGAGAGAGAGAGAGAAAAGUUGUGAAUUAAUAGUGUUAAUUUAUAGUGUAGUUCUGAAUUUAAUUUUUAUAAAUUGCUUAAGACUUGCUUUUAAUAAAUAUGGGUUAAUUUAAAAAGAUGCAUGUCAAUUUAUGAAAUAGUCAUGCCAUAAAUAUAUACUAAGCAUAGACAAACAAUGAAUCAUCAAUUUCUUGAAGUUUUAAAAACUUCAUGUGAUUAUUUUGACCAAAAAUCUCCUACCCAAAUAUGUAUCUUAUCCUAAAAAAGCUAAAAGAAAAAAUCUGUUUAGAUGCUGCAUUUCCAAUCCACUGACUCACUUUUCAUUCAUUUUUGCGCUUGAGAUGAUGGAUGAAAAAGUAUCAAAAUUUAAUCUGUAAUUCCUGAAAAUGUUAGUAAAACUAUGCAUUUCACACAUUCUUAACAAAAGCAGCUUAUUUUACCAAUUCUUUAUUCAGUUUGGUCUCAUAUAUUUACAAAACAACUAAAUGUUGAAUAGCACAAAACAAAACUUAACAAAUAGCUGUAUAAAUGUGUACUACAUGUGAUAGGGAAUUUUAUAAGAGCUAGAUCUUCACCCAGAUACAGAAUUUGAGAAUUGUAUUGUCUGUGUGUGUGCAGGAAUUAGGAAAUUAAUGCACAAGUAUAAAGGACUGUUAAAUUUAGGCUUUGAUUAUGUCCACCUUGGUUUGGUGACAGCUUCAAAUUAUUAAAGAAGAGUAUAAUGUAAUAAAUGAGGCAAAAAAUCAUUGUGCCUAGCUGUUACAUCCUAGUGUAAAUGUGAAAUGGUGCGAAUGCAUGUUGAAAGAAGGAAAGAACCAAAAUGGCGGAACAGAAACAAAAUAGUGUUGAUGAAGAUUAAAUUAUUUACAAACUAUGACAUUGCCAUUUUGUGUUGGUAUAUCGUUAAAAAGAGUCUCAUCAUAUAACAAGACGUAACACUAGCCAGUCAGUAAAGCUAGUACAUAUGAGGUGCUGUACAUGGAAUGUGCAAGAGUAAACAUUUUUACAAAUGUGGCAACAGUUUCUCACAUUUUUUUAGACUUAUGAACAUGAGGAUAACAGGUUCAAGAGUACAUGAAAAUAUAUUGCCAGUGUCAUGUAAUUCAAAGUUCAGUAACAAGCAAAAUAUUUAAAAA